AUGUCUGGCGGGAGACUGAUGAGGGCGAUCCGCGUGAGUGAGUUCGGAGCUCCGUCUGUUCUCAAACUCUGCCCCGAGGUCCAAGUCCCCAAACCUGGGCCCAAACAGGUCCUGAUCGAGGUCCAGGCCUGUGGAGUGAAUCCUGUGGAGACGUACAUUCGCACGGGGACGUUUGCCCGGAAGCCUUCACUGCCGUACACGCCGGGGUCAGAUGUGUCUGGAGUGGUGCAUGGCGUCGGUGAAGGGGUCUCUGCCCUCAAGAUUGGGGAUCAAGUGUUUGCUGUCUCCACGGUGACGGGAGGCUACGCAGAAUUCACUGUUGCCUCUGACGACUGCGUUUAUAAACUUCCCGACGGUUUGGACUUCGCCCAAGGAGCCGCCAUUGGGAUCCCCUAUUUCACUGCGUAUCGAGCUCUGGUUCACCGAGCAAAAGCUAAACCAGGAGAGACAGUGCUGAUUCACGGAGCCAGUGGAGGAGUGGGUGUCGCCGCAUGUCAACUGUCUCGUGCUCUUGGACUCAGAGUUCUGGGAACUGCAGGGACUACGGAGGGACUCAAACUGGUUCUGAAGAAUGGAGCUCAUCUUGCGUUCAACCAUCGGGAAGACGGAUACACAGACAAAAUCAUGGAAGCGACCGGAGGCCAAGGAGUCGAUGUGAUCGUGGAGAUGCUUUCGAACGUGAACCUGGACAAAGACUUAAAGAUGAUGAACUACUUUGGAAGAGUUAUGGUGGUGGGCGCCCGUGGUUCCAUCACCAUCGACCCUCGAGACACGAUGCUCAAAGAGACCAGCGUUAUGGGAGUGGCUCUUUUUAACGCCACGCAGAAAGAGCAGUCUGAGUGUGCGGCGUUCCUUUUCUCUGGGAUGGAGGCCGGAUGGUUGAAGCCCACGGUGGGACGUCAGUACCCACUCCACGAGGCUCAUCAGGCCCAUCACGACAUCAUCGAGUCUCCCGGGGCUUCUGGGAAAAUGGUCCUCACCAUGAAGUAG